AUGGUGUUGGCAAUUCUGCGCCUCCUUUUCCUUGCAUGUGUACUGCCCCAGCUUGCCGCGCGAACGCUAUAUCAUGGCACGUCCUUAGCAAACUGCGACAGGAUUCGCAUGGGCGGCUUCAUUCCUAGUCUGGCAACAGGCCCCAGCCAUACUUGCCACGGUGAAGGUAUUUACUUCACGCCAGAGAAGGCUUUUGCUCUGGGUUUUGCCCGACGUGCUGCCGGCAGUGUUCAUGAUCUUUGCCUGAUCUCGUUUGAGUUUGACGAGUCAGUUGGCGCAAUCGCGUCUCUUCCAUCCAGCUCCACGUUCAAGUUUGACGCUCCUGUUGACUUCACCAGGUCACACAAAGGCCAAGAGUACAUCUUCAAACAUCAAGGGAUGACGAAAAUGACUGGAAGCAGCGUGUCUUUCACUCAAGUGGACCGCGAUGGCAGUCGCGUGACAAGUUCACAGUACGGUUCAUUGAAGAUUGGCCCAACCAUGUUCUACGACCUGGAUGGACGGGCACAUGCCAGAAGCGCAAGUGCCUGGCUUAGCAAGGGCGAGCAUCGCUACAUGCAAGACACAGCCUUACAGCAUUUCUCAUCUCUGGAGUUGCUGAAGGAUCCAACGUACCAUCUCUUCAACGUGGUGACAGGGGCCCUACGGGCCGUCCUGGACUGUGACGCGCUGGACUCAGAUUGCGCGGCCGAGCUGCUGGAAGGUGCUCUGGUGAGCACGUCGCGGGGUGCGGGGGCGCUGGCCGGAGGGGCACUCGGAGGUGUGGCUGGAGCUGUGGGCGGUGGUUAUGCUGCCAGUGCGUUGAUGGUGGCGACUGGCAUUGUGAGUCCCUGGCUAGUGCCGGUCUCAAUAGCAGCAGGUGGUUGGGGUGGCCGGGCCCUUGGGCAAAGUAUGGUCGCUGAGCUGGCUGCCUCAGUAGCACAAUGGAUUUCGGAGCACACGCUGCGACGAUUCAUCGGCUUUCUGCAGCAGCUUGCUGGCUGGGACGGGCAGCACGCGGCAGUGCAGGAGUUAGGCAUCGCUUGGUCAUCUCGAGCAUCCUGUGGGAAAAUCCGCGAGCAGCGUCGUCGGCUACUGCAGAGGCAUCAUCCUGACAUUUGCCACACGGAGGUUUGCAAAGAGAAAUCGCUCCGGAUCAAUGCUGCUUAUGACAAGCUGAGCAAGGGUUGUGUGGAUGACUCCUUUGCUAAGGUUUAUUUUCGAAGUCAGGCCAGCGACCCAGAUGUUCGCUGGUGCAGGUACAAGUGGCAGACACCAGAUCUGCACUGCAAGCUCUUCGCCAAGAUCCCGUUUCCUUACAGCGGAGCAACGACCAAUGACCGUCUGAGCAGCUCUGUGAACAAGCAGCCCAUGGAUUUCUUCGAGGUCAACGCGUAUCGCCUCUUCGAGGCCUCCAUGCCGGUCAAGAUCCCCAAGUACUACUUUGGGGACAUCAGCAACGAGUCGACCAACUUCAUCCUGAUCACCGAGUGCAUCCCAUUUGCUGGCUACCCGCCCCUGCCCGCCUUUAAGAUCGAGGGGCCCUACGUGAAGUGCAAGGACUUUGAGAUGGCCGGCAGCGAGAAGGAGCACUACUUGCUGCUGAUGCAAGUCCACGGCCGCAUUGGGGCCGCCGCAAAGCGGGGUGACCUCGGCAGCGAGGAGUUGCUGGCGACGCAGCUGUCGCGACCGAACCUCCAGGCGCUGACCGUUUCGGCGGAGGCUGCCACUGGAGGUCACCCGAAGGUCUGCGCCACCGGCUUGCGGGGCGCCAUCAAGUUUUUCGCCGCCACUGCCCAGGUGCUGUAUCCGGAGUUCGUGAUGGAGGACGCUUUUCAGGAGAAAUUCUUCCGGACGAUGAUGACUCUUAAUGCUUACGCCAGGGAAAUUUCCUUGUGGAAGAGCUCCGACGCGGACUACGUGGCUCUCGGGCAUUUGAACCUGAAUGUCGAUAAUGCCUUUUUCUGGAGAGACGGCGAAGGCGGCCUAGACUGCGGCAUCUUCGACCUUGGAGGCUUCGGGGCCGCGCCCAUGCACCACCGCAUCUGGUGGGGGUUGAACUGCGCGGAGUUCCCCAUGAUCCGCCAGCACCUGGAGGAGUUUUUGACGGUCUUCAUAGAGACCUAUGAGUCCCAGGGCGGACCAAAGCUGGACUUCGAUCAAUUGAAAGCUGGAGUGAUCCUUACUGCCCUCGAGAACAUGUCGUACAUGGUGGCAUCCAUCCCUAACUGCCUGAAAAUGUGCGGGACGAAAGAGUGGCCGACGAUCAAGGACCGACAUGAUCCCCGGAUCGCAGAUGACGUGGGCGGCAAAAGCACGCUGCGGACCACGCUUUUGGUGCUCUACAACGGGCUGUGCGUCCUGGAGGAGUUCCAAGCGGAUCAAGUGCUUGCAAAGUGGAUUCAGGACACCUUUGUGGGCUCUUGGGGUCUUGCAGCCAAGAGCGAUGACGUCAUUUUCGCGGGUGAGUCCAGAUGA